GCGACGUUCACUCCGCAUUCGAGUGAGCACUCUGCACUCAGCCGUUAGUCGUUCGCGAGCCGCGGAGAGGGAGAGACGCGCGUCGUGUUCAAACAGACUUCGUACGAUAUCGCACGUAUAACGAUGGACGUGCUACCCAGUGGCAAUCUUUUCCGCGAACUUCAAGACGUCACCGAUACCGGCUACUUCGAGUGGAAGCUGUCCCUGGAGGACUACUGGCAACAGACAUGCUACGAAAUGGAAAGAUACCUGCGCGAGGAACCCAGGGCGUUGAAGAGGCGCGACGCCCAGGACGAAGACUGGGCUAGGACUCAAACUAAAGCGGGAUCGCCAGCCUCGCCUGCGCCCGCAACGCCGGCUUUAGCGCCCACUCCGCAGUCCCCGCCGACUCCGCCCUCGCUGUCGACGCUGCCACAGCUGACGGCGCCUCCAUCGCUGCCGGUGCUGGUGUCUCCGCCCACGCCACCCGCGUCGCCGACUCUCGCGCUUAUUCCAGCACCACGUCUCUUCACCGUGACUGUUGUAAAGGCGGAGCUAACGCGCGAUCCGGAGGAGCCUCGAGUUACUCCAGUUGCUAAAGUCGAGGUACCGAUGAAAGUUCCGAUGCCGCCGAUGGCCGCCCCGGUCCGGCGGGCGCACGCGCCGCGUCUGCCGCACCCGCACGCGGCCGACCCGCGCCGCCGCAUCCACCGCUGCGAGUUCCCUUCCUGCGACAAAGUGUACACGAAGAGCUCGCACCUGAAGGCGCACAAGCGCACUCACACCGGCGAGAAGCCGUACAAAUGCUCGUGGGAGGGAUGCGAGUGGCGUUUCGCGCGCUCGGACGAGCUCACCCGCCACUACCGCAAGCACACCGGGGCGAAGCCCUUCCGCUGCCGGCACUGCGACCGGUGCUUCUCGCGCUCCGACCACCUGGCGCUCCACGCCAAGCGCCACGCGUAGACAGCCCGCGCGAGGCUGCUCCCGCCGCCCGCCACCGCCACAACCGACGCCCCCACUGUAAGCGAUUUGUUAGCACGUCGUCUUCAGUCGCUAUCCACGCGUACGGAUUGUGGAAGCACUCGACCAGCGGAGGGGCGGGCCCGCGGAUCGCUGCAAGCCAAAGAUACCGCCGCAUGUAGCGCGGACGAGUCCACACUCAUCGCACCCGAUGCUUUAAACUUAUUUUUUAUUUAGUUAGUUAUCGUGAGCUGAGAAUGUAAUUUGGGAAAUCUCUUUAUUUGAAUGUUUCGGCACUGGCCUCUUUUGUCGUUACUUUUGUUGCGUUAAGAGAACUUUUAUAUUUGCCGUUGUUUAUUGUGUAAUGUUUUUUGUAAGCUUCGCGUAGGGAUGUUUGUUUGCGACGCGCGUCGCAUGGCUGCGCGCGUCCUUGUUGUGCCAUCGCCGGUCUCCCGCCGGUCUGCAUUUCGGAUCACCCGUCAUAUGACAUUAUUUAUUGGUUCGCGGGAUACAGGCACGUUCCCACCGACGCGGACGAGCUCGGCACAUUAUUAGCGUUUAGUAGGAAGUGCGUCGUUACCUGACGCGUCGAUGCCGCGUAUCAGUUAUCCCGCGGCGACAGCGCUAUGUACCAUCUUAUGAAAAUCGUGUUAUUUUGUCAAUAACCGUAUGUACUGCGCCGUACGGGUCUCGUUGUGAAUUAGAAUGUGCUCAUGUGUUCACGGAAUGACUGAUACAUGGCAUCGACGUUAUUAUUUGUGUAUUCGUUUAUUAGCUUAGUAUAUAGCAUGUUACCUUGUAUUGAUCGGAAUCGGCCACUUAUGCGUCUCGCUGAUUCAGUUAUCAGCCGAAAUUUAUUCGACAUAUAAUUAUUAUAUUUAAGCUUUCUCUUUACUCUUUCAUUCCGUUAUAUGAUGCAGUAUAUAUUUAAAUGUUUAGAUCUAAUGCGUAAUGUAUUGUGACUUUAUUGUUUAUAAAGGUGUCUAAACAAGAGGAUCGAAAAUUUUGUAUCUUACGCGACAUUCGAGUCGCUCUUUGUAAAAUGAGGAGACACCUCUAUGAUGAUUCUGUUGUGUCCAUAGACCUAUAUUACUUCAGUGGUUGUGUCGUCUAAAAUGUCAUCUUUGUCAAACAUCAUUUUGACAUACCGCUAGUGACGUCGUUAACACAGCCGUAGUUUUUAUUUAUUUUAAAUAAAUAUAAUGUACUCUGUCAUAUUUAAUUCGCAAAUUACAAGUAGAUACAGCGUUAGAUGAUUACCAGCCUUUUAUUAGUAUUUAGAGAAUUGCUUUUAUCGUCGCCUAUGAUAGGUUUAUGAAAUUAUGUAAUAAAAAAAUUGGGACACCCUAAUAUUAUUAUGGCCAAUGAAUAGCCAAGUUUUUGAUGAAAAAAAAUCUUUUAAAUAAAACUUUUAAUGCAUGCAUUUUAAUGUUACGAAUACUUUAGUGACGCGCGUGAAUGGUGGUGUGUUUCAUUCUCUUUCUCCAUUAAAAAUUUACGAUUUGGAUGAAUGAAAUCAAAAUUUGUUUUGAGAUUGUACUGACUGACAUCCCAGUCGACCUAGUGCUUUGACGGGUCACGUGAAAUGUGUCAAAUAUUUGAAUAAAGUAUUUUAUUGUAAUAAUAUAUAAUAAUAAUGUAUUUAGAAUUUAAUCACAUUUUAUCAUUAAAAUUAAUUAAAUUGUAUAAUCAAAUAUAUAAAUUAUUAUUCGUAAAAGAGAAUUUAAAAACUCAAGUCCGUUACAAUCCAAUCGUAUGCACUGGAUCAAAUAUACAUCAGAACCCGUUCGUACAUUUGUCUUAACGAAAUUACUCAUUAUCAAAAUAAUGAUUAGCAAAAAAGCUGAUGUGAACUAAAAAUAAAAACAUUUUCGAUUAUUUCCACUUACUAAUAUAAAUAUUUAUAUAUAAUAACCUAAAAAUAAACAUAGAACAACGACUGCUUGUUAGAACUGCCAUAUUAAAAUUAAAGUAUAAUUAUUAUCUGUAGUAUUCCAUUUUAUAAAGGAAUAUUUUACAUUUUGGCGAAAAAAUAGAUUUAAAAAACAAUAAAAGAACUAUUAAAUAAAACACAGUUCCAUUCAGAAACAAAAAUAACUACAAAUGCCCCUUGAAAACAAUUAUUAUUGUAACUAAGGUUUUAAAUUUCGCUUGUAUUAAUAGGGACGUGUCAAAUACUUUUAAAGUUUUCGCAGUUUCUGUAUAACUUAUUAAAAACAAAAUAAAUAAUUGAAUUCCUUAAAAAACGAUUUCUGAAAACGAAAAACCCAUGGACUAUUUCGAAAUCUCUUUAAAUAAUUCUUACGCUAAACGAGUAUUCAAAGAAUGUUGAUAACAACUUCAUUCUGUUGGCAUAGCCGCCUUUCAAUCAGAAAGUUGUAAAGUCUAGACUCUAUGCGGACUGCAACUAAAAUUAUCAGUUUACCUGAAGGCUAACUGGGAAUUUCCACGUACGCUAAUGGUUUGACGUCCGCUAACAAUGUAUUUACAUAGUCGGUGCGGGUGAAAGGUGAGCUCUUACUUAUCGCCUUUCAGCACGAACUUACAAAGCGGCAUGGCGGCAAAUUCAAUAAACAUUCUGCAAUGAAUCAUUUUUGAAACAUUCUAGUAAUAUACUCUUAAAAUUUUUCUUCAUAAUGAUUAAAUUCUAAUCUAGUGUUCAUAUUAAAUGUUAGUUAUGUGUCUAUUUAUCUCUUAUCGUAUUUAGAGUAAAUAUUUACCAAUAUGUAAUCGUAAUAGCUUAGAAAAAUAUAUGAAUAUAGGAAAUUUUUUGGAUAUCGCGUACGACAAAAUAAACAUGCAACUCGUAAAAUUAUUACGCAUUUCCUAACCGUAUCCUUUGAAGAACAAUAAUCGCCUAAUAUCAGUGCUCAAUUACGUUUUAUAUUUAUACAAAUCAAUGGUGCAGUUUUACGAACGACUUUUCUUAGUCCAUUGCGAUGUCUAUAUACACAUUCGAUUUAUACAAAACAUAACCGGACCCUGAGAUGUGCUAUCUCUGCAUCUGAAUAAGUCCUUCUGAAAUCUUAAAGAAACUAUAAGUACACACUUGCGUUGGCAAAUGAGGUUAACAGUGCGCUACAAUAUAUUAUGCCAUUUACUCUAUAACAACCAUUUAUACCUAUCACCGCGUUAGUUGCAAGGCUCAUGACCCUGACUACUAUACCAGGACAAUCUGGUUCGUUCUCCUCUUGGUGUAUAUUUCCGUGUGAGAUAUUAGGUGAGGUCUGGAUGCUUGUUCUUGUCUCGAGUUUAUUAUCCUUAAAACAGGACAGAAUCCUGGACUUGGAACUCCGGAAAACAUAUUGAUUUAUAAAGUCGUAAAUGUAUGGUUAUAUAAACUAAUUGUAAAACUCGUAACAUCCCUAUUGGAUCACCAAACCUGCGGUAUUUGUUAAAACGCGAAUAAUUACAGUUUUACGCUUCAUCACACCGAAUACACACAAGGACUCUUGUUGCGGUCAAUGAGCGCCCGUGAUGUCGGACUAAUUCUCAUUCCGCUGAACUUUGCGUUCCGCCGAAAAUGAUUUUGACGAUAAACAAACGUGUUAUUUCAAUAAUUAAUACGGCUUGCUUGCGAAAUCUAUUUAAAGUAAGUGCGUUCUGACUCAGCCGCGUUGUUUGAAUAACAUUGUAUGCAAUAACAAAACAAUAUUGAAUUCUUGAGUGCAUUAGGUACAUUUGUAAUCGUAAAUCGAUGUAUGGUUUUAAAUAAAACAAAUUCUAUCGGCAAAUAUGAAAUCGGGUUCAAUACAUAACAUACAGCUUACUGUCCUAAUGUGGAAAAUUCGAAGAACUUAUUUGUAUAUUAAAAUGACAAGGUAGCUGUUUAUUAUUUUAAAAAAAACCGAACAAAAUACAAACAAGUACUAAAAAGUACAACUUAUGGUUCUGAGCCUAAAAAAGUAAAUGAAAGUACUUGUCCAAUAUAUGUGAGAAUUAAUUAAUAUCAAAACAAACUAAAGAACUUUACAAAAAAAUCAUUUGAAUAAGAAAAGCGCCAAUCAAACAGAAACGACACCAUUGAAUUCAGUUCGAAUUUACUGUUAAGAACUUCGGAAAUAGUUUCCCACUAACACCUCUUAUUUAAAUUACUCACAAUUUGCUAUAAAUUUACAUAAAAUCGUGAUUAUAGUUAUAUAGAUGUAAUGCAUGUCUAGUGUUCGUACGUGCUUCUGGAUGUGUAAUGUUGUGUAAAGUUGCACAUGGCUAAUGUAUGCAGAUAAUAUCGGUUCUAAUGUAUUCUGGACUGCUCUUGCGUCGUCAAUAAAACUUUGGACGUUAAAUUUCAGUCUCCGCCUUUGUCAGUUCACGGAUGACCAAUUUGCAAUUAGUUUUGUUCUGGGUCUAGUGUUGCAGUUAAAAUGACAGUGUAGUAAACUUUGCUUGGUACAUCUAAAGAAAGCGCCGUGGUUUCGAGAAUUCCUACGCCGGAAAACGAUCGCGAAGUGGAAUGGUUUGAUAGAUAUUACCGGUGGUAGGACCUCUUGUGAGUCCGCGCGGGUAGGCACCACCACCCCGCCUAUUUCUGCCGUGAAGCAGUAAUGCGUUUCGGUUUGAAGGGCGGGGUAGCCGUUGUAACUAUACUUGAUACCGUAGAACUUGUAUCUCAAGGUGGGUGGCGCAUAUACGUUGUAGAUGUAUAUGUGCUCCAGUAACCACUUAAGUCAGGUGGGCUGUGAGCUCGUCCACCAAUCUAAGCAAUAAAAAGAUAUGAUAACUAGUUCGUUUUGAACAAAUAUUUUGUCGCAUCUAAUCACUCGCUGCAAAUCUCAGGAAACAAAGUUACGACUCUGUCAUUUCAACUUCAAAUAUUUGACAAGCUACGGAAAAAUCGAGCAGUGUGAAUUGAAUUAUUGCAUUUUAAAUAACAAUCUUAAUAAAGGAAAAUAAUGCGGCUGUGUGUUGAGAAUAUCUUAAUGUGUGAGCCCGCCGAAUUAGGAAGCACGUGUAACGCAAUUUUUUUUUUUAAUUUAGGUACGUACCUUAUUUUAAUUGCAUUUAAUUUUUACGAUGAUAAUUUUUAUAUUUAUUUUUUUAUAUUUUUUUACAAUUUAUUCCUUAAAGCUAAUUGUUUAUCUUCUCGGACGAUUUUUACGUACAUUCCAGUUGUGUGUAACUUAAUUCGGUCGGUAUUUCUAUUGAGUGCAUGAAUAGGGUCGUGAAAACUGUGCAAAUUGUUCAAUAUAUUAAUUUUAUGAAAUUAUAAAGUUUAUUAUUUAAUAAAUUUUGUAAAAGUGUUUAUGAAAUAUUUUUUAAAUUUUUAUUAAACUGUUAUAUCCUUUUGAAGAUUUUGAAUUAAAAUAUUAUGUAAAUGUGAUAUACAGUUAAAAUGGAAUUUAAAAAAACAAAAAUGUUGUAUGUUUAAAAGAAAAAAAAACACAUUUAGAAAAGUUGAGGCUUGGAGUUAGCAGAUGUUAUUUAAGUAUUGAUCGUCAUCACUGACAGUUACAAAGAAACAAACACACAUUAUUAUGAAUUUUGAAAUGAAUUUUCUCGAGAAUCAUGUAAUAUAUAAUAGGUACGUAAUAUUUAAAUCACGACCCUUGGAAUCAAUGUUGGCGGAUGUAACGUUUUGCGCCUGAGCGUCAACUCUUUGUUCAUAAUUUAUUUUUAUAAAAUACAGUAAAAUCUCCUUAUUCGUUGAGUAUAUGUUCCGUAAAUACUGCGCGAAUACAGAAAUCGUGAAUAUGGAAAAACGCGUUUAUAAAGAAUAUUCGGUUGGAUACCUACAUAUUGGAAUCUUUUUAUCCAUGUGUAAACUGAUUAGUUCUGCGAACAAAGGCAUCAUUAGCCGCGAACAUAGAAAAUGGGUCGUAUUUUUUUAAUACGCGAAUAAUGAAAACGCGAUCGAAGGAAACGCGAAUAAGGAGCUUGUAUUGUAUAAGAAUAUCUGUAUUUUAUACGUUGAAUCUACGUGAUCGUUUUUAUUAUGAAAUUAAAUUUAGUUAAUUUUUUAAAUGUUUUUUGUAUCGUCUUGAACUGACUGUCACUUUUCAUGCGGAAAACCAAAAUCCGCAUUUAUUGUACGCAUAUUGCAUUUUAUAUUAAUAAAACUUUCUUAUAUGUGGUAUUA